AGCUUUUGGAGACGCCACAGGGUUAUUAAAAGGUGUUAAAGUUCCUAAAAUAAAAGCGUGCAGCCUCAUUUAAUCCGAGCAGAGAAGUAACCAAUGUGAGGAAGAAGUCAAAGGUGGGGGGAGACAUGAGGGAAGAAGAGACGAAUCAUAACAACCCGAAUCCUCCUCCUCCUCCUCCUCCUCCUCCUCCUCUCUUUCUGAAGUCUCCUCCUGACGCUCCGUCUCUCAGUCUGCUCAGCAUGUAGUAAGGACCCAGUGAACCCAUAAAGAGGAGCAGCAGGAAGCAGCAGAAGAGCAGAUAUCCCAGCGGGUCAUGUCAUAAACUCCGUUUCGCGGCUCCAGUUUUUUUGUUUUUGCGCGCAGCGGACAGAGAGAGAGAGAGAGAGAGAGAUGUCCGCGGUGCGCCACCCGGAGCGGAGCGCUCCUCCUCCGCGGCUCUGCCUCCUCCACCUCCCGCUGCUCCUCCUGCUCGGCCUCUCCGUGUCCAGCAGCACCUCCUCGGCCGCCUGGGACCUGGUGCUGCUGCACACCAACGACGUGCACGCCCGGGUGGAGGAGACCAGCGAGCACUCCGGGCGGUGCGGCAGCAGCGGGCGGAGCGGCUGCUUCGCCGGCGUGGCGCGGAGAGCCACGAUGGUCCGGAGGAUCCGGAGCUCCGAGAGCAACGUGCUGCUGCUGGACGCCGGGGACCAGUUCCAGGGGACCGUCUGGUUCAACUACUACAAGGGGGCCGAGGCGGCGCACUUCAUGAACAUGCUGCGUUAUGAUGCCAUGGCUCUGGGGAACCACGAGUUUGACAACGGGGUGGAGGGCCUCAUGAAGCCGUUCAUGGAGCAGAUCAGGUGUCCGGUUCUCAGCGCCAACAUCAAACCGGACAGUUCUCUGGCGCCGACGUUCGGAGCCUCCUACUUACCGUUUAAGAUCCUCAAUGUUGGCGGCGAGCGGGUCGGCGUGGUGGGAUACACGUCUCAGGAGACCACCGACCUGUCCCAACCCGGUCCUCGUCUGCGGUUCGAGGACGAGGUGAGCUCCGUGCAGCUGCAGGUGGACAAGCUGAAGACUCUUGGAGUUAAUAAGAUCAUCGCUCUCGGUCACUCGGGCUUCAAGAUGGAUCAGAAGAUCGCCAAGAAGGUCCGCGGGGUCGACGUGGUGAUCGGAGGACACAGCAACACUUUCCUCUACACAGGCCCCGCUCCGUCCUCGGAGGUCCCUGUAGGAGAUUACCCGUUCAUGGUGAGGUCGGACGACGGGCGCAUGGUUCCCGUCGUUCAGGCGUUCGCCUUCGGGAAGUACCUGGGCCGUCUGAAGGUGACCUUUGACCCCGACGGGAACGUGCUGAAGGCGUCAGGAAACCCCGUCCUGCUGAACAGCAGCGUCCCGCAGGAUCCAGACGUUCUAGCCGACGUGGAGCAGUGGAAGAAGAACCUGGCGGAGUACUCGGCUCGGGUGGUCGGCAGAACGUUGGUGUUCCUCAACGGAACCACGGAGGAAUGUCGCUUCAGAGAAUGUAACCUGGGGAACCUGAUCUGUGACGCCAUGCUCGACAACAACAUCCGUUUCCCCGACGACCUCGAGUGGAACCACGUCAGCGCCGCCAUCUUUAACGCUGGCGGCAUCAGAACGUCCAUCGACGAGCGCAGCAGGAACGGUUCCAUCACCAUGGAGGACCUGAUCUCCGUGUUGCCUUUCGGAGGAACCUUCGACCUGGUGAAGCUGAAAGGUUCCACGCUGCUCAAAGUCUUUGAACACUCCGUGAGACGAUACGGAGAAAGCACCGGAGAGUUCCUGCAGGUCUCAGGAUUCCAGGUGGAGUUUGACUUGUCGAGGCCGGCGGGUCGUCUGGUGAAGAGUCUCAGCAUCGUGUGCACUCGGUGCCGAGUCCCUCGCUACGAGUCGGUGGAGGCCGAGACGGUUUACACGGUGGUGCUGCCGUCCUACCUGGUGAACGGAGGAGACGGAUUCUCCAUGAUCCCCAAAGAGAUGAUCAAACACAACAGCGGGGAUUUGGACAUUUCCGUGGUGUCGAAGUACAUCAAGAAGAAGAAGUUAGUUUAUCCGUCUGUUGACGGACGCAUCAAGAUCUCCAGCGCUGCUGGACGAGCCGCUCCGCUGCUGGUUCUACUGGUUCCACUGGUUCUACUGGUGCUGCUGAGGACUCUGACUGGAGACGUUUAGAUGGUUUUAACCCAGAAAAACUCUCGAGGACACAAACGUUUUUUAACUCACAUGAAGUUGAAGAACUAACAUGGAUUUUAUUCUAACCGGACGUCAGAAAAAUAUGAUUUUAAUUCACUUUUAACUCGUCGUGGACAGAAACUCAGCCGGCAGCUCCUGAAACCUGAAACCACUAAAGAAAACAGACUGAACCAGUUCAGCAGGAAAUAUUUUAAUUUCUGUCCAGAACAUGAAAUAAAAACACAAAAACUUA